AUGGGUACUACAAAUGAUGAGAUGGUUUCAAUAGAGCAGACUUCCUCCUUGAACCCUCUAUGUUUUGAAUGUGGCCAGCAACAUUGGACAAGGGAGAAUCAUUUGUACAACUAUCAGAAUGAAGUGGAUGAUGACUUGGUCUGCCAUAUUUGCCUUCAGCCUUUGUUGCAGCCAUUAGACACCCCUUGUGGACACACGUUCUGCUACAAGUGCCUAAGGAACUUUUUGCAGGAGAAGGAUUUCUGUCCAUUGGAUCGAAAAAAGCUUCAUUUUAAACUCUGCAAAAAAUCCAGUAUUCUCGUACAUAAACUGUUAGACAAAUUGUUUGUUUUGUGUCCCUUUUCUUCAGUAUGUCAGGAGGUAAUGCAACGAUGUGAGCUGGAAGCACAUCUCAAAAACAGGUGUCCUGGAGCUUCCCAUCGAAGGGUUGUACUGGAGAAAAGGAAGUCUAGCAAGCUGCAGACAGAAGCUGAGAAUGAAAAUGGGCCUAAUCUGAUAGAUCACCCAGGCACUUUAUCUCCAGAUACAGACCAUGCUGGGACGGGACCAGUGCCAGUGGAUCAGAACUUUACACCAACUACUCUUCCUGCAUGGACAGAUGAGCCUGGCCUUGACAACCCUGCCUUUGAAGAGAGCACAAUAGCAGACACAACCCACCAGCCACCUACCUUGCCCGAAGGAGAAAUCACUACAAUUGAAAUUCACCGGUCCAAUCCUUAUAUUGAGUUAGGAAUUAGCAUAGUGGGUGGCAAUGAAACUCCUUUGAUCAACAUUGUUAUUCAAGAGGUUUAUCGAGAUGGGAUCAUUGCCAGAGAUGGAAGACUCCUUGCUGGAGACCAAAUACUUCAAGUCAAUAACUUUGACAUCAGCAACGUGUCCCAUAACCAUGCUCGAGCUGUUCUUUCCCAGCCCUGCAUGGUGCUGCAUCUCACGGUGCUCCGAGAGAGACGAUUUGGAAGCCGGACACACAACCAUGCUGACAGCACUUCGCUGCGAGAAGACGGCUUUCAGGUGACGCUGCAUAAACGAGACUCCAGUGAACAGCUUGGCAUUAAAUUAGUGCGCAGAACAGAUGAGCCAGGAGUUUUUAUCCUCGACCUUUUGGAAGGGGGAUUGGCUGCUCAAGAUGGCAGACUCUGCAGCAAUGACCGGGUACUCGCAAUCAACGGACAUGACCUGAAACAUGGGACACCAGAACUUGCUGCUCAGAUUAUCCAGGCUAGCGGGGAAAGGGUGAAUUUAACAAUCUCCAGACCAGUGAAAUCGCAGACAGUCGCUAUUCUCCGAGAAGCAGGGACUCAUAACAGCAGCCAGCACCAGGCGCAGCAGCUAUUCCACAGCAGACACAGUUCGCAUAAGAUUCUUUCCCAGUGUAUUGCAUGCCAAGAAAAGCACAUUACUGUGAAAAAAGAACCACACGAAUCCCUUGGAAUGACAGUGGCAGGAGGCAGAGGCAGCAAAAGUGGUGAACUGCCAAUUUUUGUUACUAGCGUGCAACCUCAUGGCUGUCUUGCAAGAGAUGGCAGGAUCAAACGAGGUGAUGUGUUGCUGAAUAUUAAUGGCAUUGACCUGACCAAUCUAAGUCAUAGUGAGGCAGUGGCUAUGCUCAAAGCCAGUGCUACCUCUUCAGUGGUGGCACUCAAAACAUUGGAGGUUCAGAUUGUUGAAGAACAAACCCAGACUAAUGAGGAACAACCAAGCACAAUCAGCGAAAAUGAAUAUGAUGCUAGCUGGUCGCCCUCAUGGGUCAUGUGGCUGGGGCUUCCCAGCAGCCUACAUAGCUGCCAUGAUGUAGUGCUACGGAGGAGCAAUUUAGGAAGUUGGGGCUUUAGCAUCGUUGGUGGAUAUGAGGAGAAUCACACAAACCAGCCUUUCUUCAUUAAAACGAUUGUUCUUGGAACUCCAGCAUACUUUGACGGAAGGUUAAAGUGUGGUGACAUGAUUGUCGCUGUAAAUGGACUAUCCACAGUGGGCAUGAGCCAUUCCUCACUAGUUCCUAUGCUGAAGGAGCAGAGGAACAAAGUAACUUUGACUGUUGUUUGCUGGCCUGGAAGCCUCAUAUAG